AUGGAUAACUCGGCGGCGGGGUCGAAGAAGGUCCCGAUCCCCCGCCCCCGCAAGGCUUGCACCAUUUGCCGCGGCCUCAAGACCCGAUGCUUGCCCGAUGGUGAAGACUCCAACCCAACAUCUCGCUGCUCUCGUUGUGCACGUCUCGAUCUAGUCUGCGACUACUCUCGAGCAAGGAAAGGGCGGGGCAGCGCGGCCCGGAGAGACAACAACAAUCCAGGCACCGCCGACGCCGGACACGAUGGAAGGUAUCGCCAAACCGACAAAUGGAACGACCCCCGCAUGGGGAGCAGCGUUGACUCGCGCGAGCUCGCCCCGGUUCAUGGUUUGAUGAACGGAGUAGGUAUGGUGGGCGCAGUCAGCCCUGUCGGUAUGGGAAUCACCAGCUUGCCUCCUAUGGGGCACAUGAACGCCCACAUGCAGUUGGUGCGCGGAUGGAACACUCAACAGCCAAACAUGACAAGUCGAGCUCCGAUGGGCAGCAAGCCUGUGGCACCUAUUUUGCCCAGGCCAGCCAUCCCCAAUUCGGAUCACCCAUCGACAGUGACGAACGGCCACCAUCCACAUGCCAUGUAUGCCCGCAGCACAAAUUCUGCUGAGAGCCCAAACAAUCGCUCCAGAGCUGCAACGUCGGUGACGACCCUCUCUAAUUUCCUCGACCCUGUCCUUGGCUUCGACGACAACCGUCCAAGCACCGAUGGCUCCUCUCAUCGUAGUCAAGCCUACUACAACACCCCGGCUGAUGCUGGCAUCGUCACUGAGCAGGAAGCACGCUAUCUCUACGACCAAUUUAUCCAGCACAUGAGCACCUCUCUUGGGCUCUUUGACCACCGCUUCCAUACGUACGAAAGGCUACUGGGUCUCCCAGUGCUUCUCACAUCUAUUUUGUCGGCCUCCUCUCGUUAUUUCCGGGCGGAUGUCUUCUCUCACAUCAGCCAACUGGCCGAACAGAACCUCAGCCAGGCCAUUGCCACUGGUGACCAUGACCUUCAGCUUGUGCAAGCAAUUAUUGUGAUGAUUGUCUGGCUGAAGGGAAGUGAUCCCACGGCAUACGUUAAGCUCGGCAUUAUGUCUAGAGUUCUCAACGAGCUAAGAGUCACCUUCCCUGUGCAGCCUUCGGCACCGUUCAACAACGAGGACGACGAGCGCAGAGCUAUAGACGUCGACAGAACUAUCUUCAGCUUGGAUCUCGCAUACUCGCGCCUCUUGCAUCUUCCCGCGAGCUCGACUUCAUCUUUGCCCACCUCUCAGCAGGCUGAGUUCUGGGCAGAAAUGCACAGCCAUCUCGACGUACCUUCGGAUUCCCAUAAAGCUUUCUUAGCCGGCAUCUGGGAGUUCAGUUCACAGUUCGGCUCCAGCCCUCAAAAGAUGACUCAGUGGGAAUGGACGGAGAGCGAAAAGAGUCUUAUCGAGCACCUCAACAAGUGGAUUAACCAUCCAUCUAUGUCGGGAACGAUGUUCGCGGCAUUCACACAAAUCAUCGGGAAAACGACGCUACUCAAUCUACGCAUUUUGGGCUUGCAGCAGCGCGUGGCCACGGCCAUUAGCCCCAUUCACCUGAUGACUAUUGCGGACGAGAUCGGCCUCGCUAUCCAGGAGCUUGCGGGUCGCCCCGAGGUCAUGUACUUCUCGGAGCUGCACUGCGUCAUGUUUACUCUUCCCGGCUUACUCCUCUACAACGCACGCUCGCUAUUCGGAGUGACCGAGAUCUCCCGUGUUUUGGACUUCUGUCGGGACGUGUGGCAGGCCCUGGAGGGGAUUGGGGUCGGUACCCCAGAGCUUCCAAUCACCAAGGCGCGCCACUGCUAUCGCCGUCUGCAUGGCGCUUUGGACCUGCUGCUAAGAUCGGCAACCACCCCAAAGACUGCCAGUUCAUCCCACAGCGUUCUGCCAGGGUCCGCUAUGAGCGGCACUGUUCCCGAGGUCGUCGGCCAGCAGCAGCAACAGCAGCCUUCAACCUGGGGCGUCGAUUGGCUGUGGCAGGGCAUCCCUCCGUUCCAGCAAAACUAA